AUGAAGUGCGGUUACGUGGUGUCUAGCGGCGGCGCGUGUACCGAGUCGGAUUGGCGCGUGUUGAACACGGUCUCUAGGGUUACGAUUGGAGCCGGAGUUAUAACGACGGCGAAGUGUAUUGAUGACGUGUACGGUGGUGGAACUGAGCUUGGGGAGUUGUUGUAUAUGGGAGGAAGAUUUGAACGAGCCGUAGGGAGUCGUGACUCGGAGGCGUUUUACAUGAUGAACCCGAACAAAAAUGUAGGUCCAAAACUCAGUAUUUUCCUAAAAUACCCGGUUCAAUAG